AAAUGUACAAAGCUCUUUCAUUUAAUGCUUCCAUAAAUUAUUCCUCAAUAUGAGAAACAGCGGUAUAAUUUUAUUUAUGUGCGCAGGUCUGCUCCUGAGCGGCGGAGCGAUCCUGGGCGGGUCGACGGCAUGGAGCCUGCUGCGCAUGUCGUAUUACUUCUGGACGUCGGACCUGGCCGUGGAGCUGGCCUCCACCGUGAGCUUCGUGGCGGGUGCGCUGCUGUGCCUGCCGGUCUGCUGGCUGGCCACGCUUGUGCCCUACUAUCCCAGGUCGCAGCCGUUAUUCGCUACGCUGCUGGGAGUAACAAUGACGGCGCUCCUGAUGCUGACGGUGGGGCAGUGCUCGCUGGGCGGGCUGGCGCGCGCGCUGCGCGAGCCCGGCGCGCUCAACGCUAGCAUGCACCGCGCGCUGAGCCUGCAGGGCGUCGACGCCGCCAUGCGGACCUCCGUUGCCGCCAUGCAGCUGGAGCUACGUUGCUGCGGCGUACAGGAUCCCUCCGACUGGUACAAGCACCGUCGUACUCUGCCUCCAUCCUGCUGCGGACGCAUCAGCAACUUUAAGCGCGAGGCUGUGUGCGACUUGUCGCAACUGCCGUCGCCGCAGACAGGCUGUCUCCGGCUCGCGAUACUAGAGUUGCGCAACUACGCCAGUGCUCUUACUGCCCUCUCCUCCGCCAUUAUCAUGAUCUUGGCGGUGACGGUGUUCACGGCGGCGUACACCACGGCGUCUGGCGUGGUGGAGCGGCAGAAGACUCCGGUGCGGGUGGCGUACCUCACGGCGCCGCCCGCUCCUCUAGCCUGCUACCCGCAAAACCUCUCCCCGCCUGCCCCCGCACUCCCCGCAGUGCCAUAAGACUCGUUGUCCCAGAAUUUUCCGAAGACACUGCACCGUUUUGGCGGCAGUUUGGACCAGAGUAUACAGAGUGAUUCAGGACACGUGAGCAGCCUGCGCAUGCAGUAAGUGAUAAGCAACUGUUCGUACCUACCGGUGUUAGUGAGAUUGACCUAAGUUUCUUUUUUACUGGUCAAAAAAGUUGUGAUUUAUUUGCAAAUGUCAUGGUCACUCUAUUUAAAAUAGUUCCGUCAAAUAUCGACACUUCUUUUCAUGACAAAUGUCAAAUUUAAUUUCACUAAGAUUGAAGAAUUGUAACUCACACGGGCGUUACACUUUAUGUUCUUUAUAAUCAAAGUUCUAUCAUGUCAUGAUGACGGUUGAAGAAGUUCUAUGUUUAUUAAUUAAGUGUUGUAUACAACAUAGAAUAUAAAAAACAUAGAGCCACAUUUUAGGGUGUCCGUGAAAGUAGAUAAUGAAAUGUGGCCUUACCAGAAAGGUUUUUAUCUUUGAUCUAAAUAUGGUGGUGAGGGAUCCAUUUCCACUUAUGGAAUGUGUAUUACGUAUUUACGUCUCAUGAAUCACUUUGUUUAGUUUGUUUGUACUCAGUAUUUAAGGCAGUGAUCUACAUAUAUAAGUAGAUAUAUGUUUGUUUACAAGACUUGCCUAUGUAAUGUAUCUAAAUUUUACAAAUUUCAUCGUCGUUAUUUAUAAUAAACAAAA